UAUGAUUUAGGUUGUUCUCUUGUCAUUCCCUGUGUUCUUAUAAAUUGGACCUUAGAUCUAAAGGCUUAAUUGGGUCCAUGAUCACCGUAUUUGGCAAGUCUGCUUCCAAAGUGGCUUUAAUUUUUAAGAAUUUAAAUGUAUCUGACUUGAAAAGACAGAGACCUGAUGUUCAGGAAGUUCAACUUUGCUAUAAUAUACUUUACCUGAUGACUGAAAACACACUUUAUUCUUUCUUUUCUCUCUUUCCUUAUUUGUAGGAGAGAACAUAACUUAUUUUUCAAGGAGGUAAAGCACUUUGAACCCUCCCUCUAGAUCAGUGGGAAAGUCUAGUCAGUGCAUUCUUGGGUCUUUGGGCUGUAGGGCAAUGUUUACACAGAAUGGAAAGUUUCCUUCCAUGGUUCCAAACCCAGGGUUUGAGACUGCCUUCCAAGAAGGUAGGACCAAGAGCUGGACAUUUGGUUUUUCUGGUCUCUGUGUGAGGUCGACAUAUAUGUAUCACCUGUGUCCUGUGCAAGGAUUCUGAAGACUUUUAAGACUCAGCCUCGCUGUGAUGCUGGAUUCCAGAGCAACACACCUUUGAACAAAUUUACAGCCCCAGGCAGAUGGCACUGGUCUUCGUGUACGGCACCCUGAAGCGAGGCCAGCCCAACCACCAGGUCCUGCUGGACAGGGUGCAUGGCUUGGCAGCCUUCCAGGGCCGCGGCCACACGGCAGAGCCCUACCCGCUGGUGAUUGCCGGCGAGCACAACAUCCCCUGGCUGCUCCACCUCCCAGGCAGGGGCCGCCGUGUGGCAGGCGAGAUCUACACAGUGGACGAGCAGAUGCUGCGCUUCCUUGAUGACUUCGAGGGCUGUCCUGACAUGUACCAGCGCAGGGCCGUUCAGGUGGCCGUGCUCGAGUGGGAGGGCGGGGGCGGCCCCCGGGACAGCGUGCAGUGCUUCGUGUACAGCACGGCCACCUAUGCGCCAGAGUGGGUCCACCUCCCCUACCAUGACAGCUACAACUCAGAGGGACCGCACGGGCUGCGCUACAACCCCCGGGAAAACAGGUAAGAAGGGCUGGCGGUGGCGGCAAGGACGGGACCUACAGAAGCCUCGUCACCUUGACUCGGUGCAGGAGCAGACCAGCCCCUCAGCGGCAAGACUCAGUCUAGAAACGGGAGCUCCGUGGUGCUGACCUUCCACUGCAGCAAGACUGCACCUUCAACUGAUUCAGUAUCAUGGCUUCCUGCUUAACUGGCACCUCUGGGCCUGGGUGCAUCGGAUAAGAACAGCUUCCAUUACUCACUGCUCUAAACGGUAUUUAAAGGACUCACAUGAUACACUUUUCUUUCUUCUUUUUGCUUCAGUUUGCUCCCAAGAUCGCAUACUCGGGGACUAUAAUGACUGGGGUUUGCAGAUGACUGUACUUAUUCUGGCCUGUAGCACCUAGCGUGAAAAAAUUUAAUAAAAGCUGAUUUUUUAAUGACUCAAUAUAAUUAAAAACUCCUCAAGAAAAACAUACUCUCCUAUAGAGAGUGUAUGUAGGUAGCACAUUGUUCAUGGUUUCAGACCACAAUGUCCAUUUGAAAUUAAACUAGAUGUGCUGAGAGCAACCCCCAUGUGUGGCGCUACCUGCGGCCUCAUUUCAGUAUACUUUUCUGACGGUUCUUUUCAUUCUAAGCAAGCAAAGGCACGAACACCCACUUACUGGGAGAUACAGCUGAGCACCCGACUUCCUGGGAAGCCACUCCUCGCCAGAGCCCAGCCCCAGGCCAUCACUGCCUCCAGAGGCACGGUGCCUGGGGGUAGGCCUUUCAGAGAAGAACCAGCAUGUUAGUAAUUUGUUCUUCAGGGCUGACAGAAGGCUUAGCCUCCAAAUACAAACAGCACUUAAAAUAAUGUUAGCAAGGCACGAAGUACCAAUUACUACCCACCUCCAUCUGAUAAUCUGUCAGCAGAGAUUCAAGUCGGCGCACGACUCUGCUUCUCCUUACCAGCAAAGGACAAAAUGGAUUCCAGGAAUUUCAGAACCACAUGAAAAUGCAGCUGCUGGUCCUUAGUAACCUCGUUCUCCAUCAGGAAAGCUCUCUUACUCUUCAACUUAAUGGUAGACUCUGAUCACUAACUACAUCUGGCACAAAAACAUCAUCAUUAUUUUUAGCCUCUUUUUCUUAAUUGGAAACUUGCUUCACACAACAGAAAAAGGGGAGCGAGGAUGGGCAUCAGCUGCCAAUCUGGCGGCAGCUCCUCCCACUACGGCGAUGGGUGAGGCAGCCCUGAGGGCCCAGCCCGAAGCCACAGGAAAGGGACAGGCGGUGCCCUGUCCUCCACUCCAGCUCAGGCGGCAGGCCCCGAAUGACCUGAGCAGUCAGCCAUCCGUAGUGACCUGUGUGGAGCCACAGAGGAAGGCACUUCCGG